AUGAAUGUACAAAGCACGUCAUCCGGGUCCCUUCGCACUCUGGAUUCAUCCGAAAGGACCGGUGUCGAACGCCCCUACGACACUCAACCGGAGAGUUCAACGCGAAACCCGACGUCCAACUCGCCAUCAAUAACCCCUUUGCAAUCUGACAGACCGAGGAAACCUCCCGUAACGCGACGCAUGUCGUCUAAACGCCAGCCUCACAAGGGACAGGAGUUCUCGACCGAAGAUGACGUCCAAGAGGUCGAGGAAGACAUCGCCAUGCAGCAGGCCGCCAACCCACAGCGUUCUCCAAGAAUUCGGCCCAUGCGAAACAACAGCUCGACUCUGAGGAGAAGACAUACCGCCCGGAUGAACCCGUUGACCCAGGCGGAGUCGGAUACGGAGUCGGAUGAAGAAGAUGCGGGAUUGCCCGAGUCGGCCAUGGAGGGCUCCGGAUUGCUAGCAUCGUCCUGGCAUUCAGAUCGCGGAAGUCAAGACGGAGAAGAGGAUGUUCAGUCUGGUGAAGAUAACGGCGACGAGGACGACGACGAAGAGACAAGCGAUGCGGAAAGCUUUACGCUGAAAGAUCGCCAACAGGCGAUCAACGAAACGCAUCCCUUCGGUAUCAGGAUCUGGAAACCCGCGCUAUAUAAGAAGAGUCGAUCUGUGGAGAAGAGGGCGGAGGGCGAUAUCCACUCGUCCCCCGGGGGUCGAGUGGGGAACGUGCUGUUCCUGUCGAACUUGUUAUGGACGAUCUUCUUCGGGUGGUGGCUUGCCUUUGCUGCCCUCAUCAGUGCUGUCGCCUGUUUUAUAUUCGCCUAUUCGCCCAGUGCGGUGGAAUACGGGCGAGCAUUUUCGGGCUUGUCGUGGUACCUCUUCUACCCGUUCGGAUCCUACGUCCGGUUGGACACGGAUGAGAAUUACGCGGAAGAGGACGAGGGUGAAGGGCGCAGCAUCAGCGAAUAUGAGCAAUGGCAGAACGGCGAUAUUGAGAAUGGCCGGUUGUUUUUCGGUCCUCGCCGUGACCGUUCGCUUGUGGGCCGAAGGAGAAAUAGCGUCGAUUCGGCCAGUGAACAGGACAGCUUGCUGGGUCGAACCACGAGACGCAGUUCCGGAAACAGUCCUCUAGGGCACCCCAAACGACGCCUGUUUGGGCGUGGUGAGUGGACGCUUGGCCGCGUCGUCUUCUUUGUCUUUUUCUAUUUCCUAGUCGGACCGCUGAUGCUCCUGGUGUCCCUGCUCUGCUGGCUCCUGGUCUUCUGGAUCCCUAUGGGCCGGGUAACAAUUAUCCUGUUUGACCACCUUCGCCGGCAUCCAUUGGCCCUUUCGUAUCACUCGGAUACCAGCCGGCAUGCCCCGGGCGCGUCAUCGUCCAUUCUGUUAUGCACCUAUCGUGCUGCUGGAUUGAGAUACUGGAAGUAUACAGUCGGGGGAACGAACAUCUUUCUGAUCAAUCUCCUUGGUGUCGUAUUGUUCGUCAUUUUUGACUACUUCCUUUUGGACAAGACCUUGGGUCUUCAGGGAUGGCUGACACACCCUGGUUUGAUCUUCACUCUCGCCCUACUUUCCAUUAUCCCUCUUGCCUACUUCAUUGGACAGGCGGUGGCGUCAAUUUCAGCACAGUCAUCGAUGGGCAUGGGCGCGGCGGUCAAUGCAUUCUUCUCGACUGUCGUUGAGGUCUAUCUCUACUGUGUCGCCUUGACUGAGGGCAAGGGCGCUCUGGUCGAGGGCAGCAUUAUCGGCAGUAUCUUUGCAGGUAUUCUGUUUCUCCCGGGAUUAUCGAUGUGCUUUGGUGCCAUCAAGCGGAAGACACAGCGUUUCAACGUCAAGUCUGCCGGUGUUACCUCCACGAUGCUGAUGUUUGCUGUGAUUGCUGCAUUUGGACCUACCCUUUUCUAUCAGAUAUAUGGGAGUCACGAACUCAAUUGCCAUCCAUGCUUCGAAGCCCCGGGAACAGAGAGCAGUGAUUGCCGCCGUUGUUAUUUCUCUCAGGUCCCAGCUGUCAACGACAGCUUCUUCCGGAAAGCCGUCCAACCCUAUUCAUGGGUCGCUGCUAUCUUCCUCUUUCUCUCCUAUGUUAUCGGUCUUUGGUUCACUCUCAGAACUCACGCUGCGCUCAUCUGGGCCACAGAAAUUGAGGAGAAGAAGGCCGCAGCGCUACCUCAUGAGCACUCCGCUGACGAACAUCGGCACCUACUUUACCCCAACGGCCAAUCGGGGAUUCCGACUGGGGCUUCCGGGGCAAAGGGUUCGGUGCGCGAAUCGCAACUGUAUAGACGGAUUCUGGGGCAGUCACUGAAGCACGUUGGCCUGUCAGACAACCCGGCCGAUUCUGGCGACCAAGUGGAGUCUAGCUCCUCCGCUCAUGACAAGGGCGUAACGCCGCAUCUAGUCCCUCCGCGGUCCGCGGGUGAUGACAGCCAUGGGUUCAAGAGCUUCGCCGGUCUCUCCGGCGAAGAGAAUGAGCAUCUGGUUCGUCAAGUGACAGAGGUGGCUGCGACUGCCGCAGCCGUUGCUGCCCGCGAUGCGGCGCGGACACGCAAGCCCUCCGUUCAGCAUGGCACAGUACGCCAUGGUACGAAGAGUCCCGCGGAUCCCGUCAAAGCUAUGAUUGAGGAAGACUAUGGGAUCGAGCAAACCCAUGCAAGCGGCGGGCAUGACGCUCCGAACUGGAGCAAAGCUCGAAGCUCCAUCAUUCUUCUCGGUGCGACGAUUCUGUAUGCGGUCAUUGCUGAGAUCCUGGUCAACACAGUUGACGUGGUCCUGGAGAGCGUGGACAUUGACGAGAAGUUCCUUGGAAUAACUCUCUUUGCUCUGGUACCCAACACCACAGAGUUCCUAAACGCCAUCUCCUUCGCCAUGAACGGCAACAUUGCCUUGUCCAUGGAAAUCGGCUCUGCCUACGCACUGCAAGUCUGUCUCUUGCAGAUCCCCGCCGUGGUAUUAUUCAGCGCCUUCUACGCGAGACUCCUCGAUCCGUCGCAGCUCUUGACCCACACAUUCAACCUCCUCUUCCCCCAGUGGGACAUGGUAACCGUCAUCCUCUGCGUUUUCCUCCUCUCGUACGUCCACGGCGAAGGCAAGAGCAACUAUUUCAAGGGCUCCAUCCUCGUCCUCACCUACCUGGUCGUCGUGAUUGGCUUCUUCCUGUCGGGGUACAGUAACCUGGACACGAUGGGGGUCGACCGCUUCGAUACCCUCGCCCUUGGUCCCGUCGACUCCGAAAAGUACUAUACUAUCGGUCGGGCCAGAAACGGUGUUGCAUAUAGAUGA